AUGAGUUACGGCAAGAAAGAUGAGGAUGCCGAUCAGGUCAUGAUCAAGCUUGAUCGGACCUCCGUAUUUCAGGAUGCCCGAUUGUUCAAUUCCUCCCCGAUCUCCCCUCGAACAUGUCGUACACUUCUCACCAAGAUUGCGGUCCUCCUUUUCACUGGGGAGCAAUUCCCCACGAAUGAGGCUACCACGCUCUUCUUCGGCAUUUCCAAGCUGUUCCAGAAUAAGGACCCCUCGUUGCGACAGAUGGUCUAUCUUAUUCUGAAGGAGCUCGCUGGUACCGCCGAGGAUGUUAUCAUGUCGACCAGUAUCAUAAUGAAGGACACGGCCGUCGGUAGUGAUGUCCUGUACCGCGCGAAUGCCAUCCGGGCUCUGUGCCGCAUUAUCGAUGGUACUACAGUGCAAGGUAUCGAACGACUCAUCAAGACCGCCAUCGUUGACAAGACCCCCUCUGUUUCCUCCGCAGCUCUGGUGUCCUCGUACCACCUGCUCCCCGUUGCGCGUGAUGUGGUUCGCAGAUGGCAGAGUGAAACCCAGGAGGCAGCUUCUUCCGGAAAGCAAUCGACCGGUUUCCUUGGAUUCGGUGGCAGCUCCCAGGCUCACGCCAUCUCGCAGUCGAAUUAUAUGACUCAAUACCACGCAAUUGGUCUUCUGUACCAGAUGCGUGCGCAUGACAGAAUGGCUCUGGUCAAGAUGGUGCAGCAGUAUGGCGCUGCUGGUGUGGUGAAGAGCCCGGCAGCCCUUGUACUGUUGGUGCGGUUAGCGGCGAAGCUGGCGGAGGAGGACCAAGGCCUGAGGAAACCUAUGAUGCAGAUGCUUGAUGGCUGGCUCCGACACAAGCAUGAGAUGGUCAACUUUGAGGCUGCCAAGGCUAUCUGCGAUAUGAGAGAGGUCUCCGAUGCCGAAGCCUCCCAAGCCGUGCAUGUUUUGCAGCUGUUCCUCUCGUCGCCUCGCGCUAUCACCAAGUUUGCAGCCAUCAGAAUCCUCCACAAUUUUGCCUCCUUCAAACCCCACGUCGUCAAUGUGUGCAACCCCGAUAUCGAGUCUCUUAUUUCAAACACCAACCGUUCCAUCGCAACUUUCGCAAUCACUACCCUCCUCAAGACCGGCAACGAGGCUAGCGUCGACCGCCUGAUGAAGCAGAUCUCUGGCUUCAUGGCCGAUAUCACUGAUGAGUUCAAGAUCACCAUUGUUGAGGCCAUCCGUACUCUGUGUCUGAAGUUCCCCAGCAAGCAGGCUGGUAUGCUUUCGUUCUUGAGUGGUAUUCUGAGAGAUGAGGGUGGCUAUGAGUUCAAGCGCAGUGUCGUUGAGAGCAUGUUUGAUCUGAUCAAGUUUGUGCCGGAAAGCAAGGAAGAUGCUCUUGCACACCUCUGCGAGUUCAUCGAGGACUGCGAGUUUACUAAGCUGUCCGUCAGAAUAUUGCACCUUAUCGGUGUUGAGGGCCCGAAGACAUCGCACCCAACCAAGUACAUCCGUUACAUCUACAACCGAGUUGUUUUGGAGAACGCCAUUGUCCGCGCCGCUGCCGUGACCGCUUUGGCCAAGUUCGGUGUCGGGCAGAAGGAUCCCGAAGUCAAAUCAAGUGUUUCUGUUCUUCUUACAAGAUGUCUCGAUGACACAGAUGAUGAGGUGCGCGACCGUGCUGCUCUCAACCUCAGAUUAAUGGGUGAAGAGGAUGAGAUGGCUGGAUUGUUCAUGAAGAACGACUCCAUGUACUCUCUCUCUACAUUCGAGCACCAACUUGUCAUGUACGUGACAUCUGGCGAGAAGGAAACAUUCGCUACCGCUUUCGAUGUCUCGACAGUCCCUGUUGUCACACAGGAACAGGCCUUGGCCGAGGAGCGAACCAAGAAGCUCACUACAGCCACCCCAACUCUCAAGGCCCCCUCCACUGGUCCUCCCAAGGGCAAGGCAAACGGCGUGGCCGAGGCUGCUACGGCGGCCGCUACCCAGAAGUAUGCCGAGCAGCUUAUGCAAAUCCCCGAGCUCAAGGAGUACGGCACUUUGCUCAAGUCCUCUGUUCCUGUUGAGCUCACCGAGAGCGAGACGGAGUAUGUUGUUACGGCCGUCAAGCACGUCUUCAAGGAACACGUUGUCCUGCAGUACGAUAUCAAGAACACUCUCCCAGACACUGUCCUCGAAGACGUCACCAUGGUGACAAGCCCGUCAGAGGAAGAGCUCUUGGAGGAGGAAUUCAUUGUCCCUGCCCCUAAGCUUGCUACAAACGAGCCUGGUAUCGUAUAUGUGACAUUCAAGAAACUAUCUGGAGAGAACAGUGUCCCUGUUACUUCGUUUACAAACGUCUUGAAGUUCACCAGCAAAGAGAUCGACCCUACCACCGGCGAGCCGGAGGAUAGUGGAUACGAGGACGAGUACCAGGUCGAAGACCUAGAACUUGCUGGCAGCGACUAUGUUAUCCCGACAUUCGCUGGCAGCUUCGACCAUGUCUGGGAACAGACUGGUGCCAAUGGAGAGGAGAUUAGUGAGACUUUGCAACUCAGCAAUACGAAGAGCAUUUCAGAUGCCACCGAGCAACUUAUCUCUGCACUCUCUCUGCAACCCCUUGAGGGAACAGAUGUGUCCCUCAGCAGCAGCACACACACCCUCAAGCUUUUCGGUAAGACAGUAUCAGGCGGCCGGGUUACAGCUUUGAUCAAGAUGGCCUUCUCGACCAAGACUGGUGUCACAACGAAGAUUACAGUCAGAGCGGAAGAAGAGGGUGUCGCCUCUGCUGUCAUUGCGUCACUGAGCUAA